CAACCACCACGAAACGGCAACCGUCCCUCAGUCGUGCCUUCCCCGCCCCGAUCCUGGAAGAACCUCCAUCUGACUCUCUUGAAUACUUCCAUCCUCUUUGGACGAUGCAUCUUUAUCUUCAACUUCGUUUCUGACUUCAUCUCCAACCUUGCUUCUAGCGCUUUCUGAAGUCAUUGUUGUCCCCUCACCGUUGCCUUCUCCAUACCCUCCCCAGGAACUCACGAUUGAUAUGAUCCCGAUCUUUACCAUCCGAGUCGAAAUCUUCCAUAUGUCUUGAUGCGCUUCUUCCUCGCAUAUUCUGUCCGAGCUCGGCUCGAUCCCAUCUGCUCAUAAUACCGAUCGAGGAGACGCCGUCUCUCCCGGACAACACCAUGCCUGGGACAACAUUGCCUUCACCGAACGCCUACACUGCCCCUCAGUUGCGCCAGCUGAUAUACUACCAACUCGAUAAUGACAUGCUACAGAACGCCUUAUUCUUUGCCGGUCGACUGCAUGCUCUGGACACGAAGGACUCAAAAGGUGACUCCGCCCACCUGCUGGCCCUGUGUCACUUGAGGUUAGGGGAGGUGAAGGCGGCUUAUGAAACCAGUCGGGAUAGAGUAUUCUCGGGUCGGCUGCCGCAUUUGGGGUGCGCCUACGUGUUUGCUAAGGCGUGUUUUGCGCUGGAGAGGUAUUCGGAGGGUCUAAACGCGCUGGAGCGAUCAAGAGCCCAGUGGAGUGGGAGGAAUCACUGGAACAAACAUUCCGAUACUCUUCGGAGGCAUUUACCAGAUGCUGCGGCCGUGCUGUGUCUGCUCGGAAAGCUAAGUCGAGCGAACGACGAGACCGACAAAGCGAUUGAGUACUAUGUGGAGGCUUUGAAGCUGAAUGCAUUUAUGUGGGAUGCGUUCACGGACUUGUGCGACUGUGGCGCUGAGUUGAGGCCCGAAAAUGUCUUCAAGGUAUCGAUGGAAUUGAAUAACUCGAACCCAAACCUUGCGAAUGGGACCACCAACCCACAGCCUCCGAAUCUACCCCUCCAAGCGCAAUCUAACAAUUCGCAAUCCUCGGUCUUCAACUCCUUCAACGACCCCUUCAAUCCGACCAUCCGUACUGCUGGGGAUCCCGGGUUAAAUCAUGGCGGACCAAACCUAUUCUCAAGGCUCAACGGCAGCAUCCCCGUCAUGGCGAGCCACAAAGAGGUCAACGAAUGGGAUACGCCUCCGGCUAAUGGAAGUUUUCAGGACGAGGAUGUCGUGAUGGCCGAUGACACUUCGUCAGUACACGAAAUCGAACCCCCACAAGCUCCCCUCAAGAAGCCUUCGAGGUUCCAGACACUCAUAUCGGAAGCCACGCUAGACCCGCCGAAAAUCCGGACGGCGAAUGGUCGACUGAAAGUGAAGAGUACCACCUCCGAAAGCACGGAUAGCUCCGAGUCAUCGAGAAUCGCCGUGCCUACAGCCCAUAAGCGGACGAAUUCCGGUCAUAUCCCUCCACCUAUGAACACCACGGAACAGCCACGACGAAGCAACCGAUUACGGGACAUCGUGCCGCGCGACACAAUUUCAGGGCCAUCUAGAAGCAAGACGACCACGGUGCGAGACGUUCAAGUCAAAGAGCAGCGCGAAUUACGAAAGAUGAAGGCCAUAUCCGGUCUCGGUACAAGAGGUCGAUCGACAUCGACGGUGGGACGGGUCGUCAGUGGGAACCGGAAGCCGAUGGAAGUCAGCACGGGAGAGGUAAAAGAGCCGCGAAUCGUUGGACAUCCGAGCACAGCGACUGUCCCAACGAAUCGAAAAGCCGGCCCUCCACAGCCUGAUCCGGCGAAAGAGCAAGAGCAAGCCGUCCAGUGGAUUUCGCAAUUACUGCUGCGACUUGGAUCAGGAUACUACAACCUCUCUCGUUACCAGAACCAAGCGGCGCUUGAGAUAUUUAAUUCCCUUCCUGCUUCUCAACGGGAGACUGGCUGGGUACUGGCACAGAUCGGCAAAGCUCAUUACGAACGAACGUCGUACCCGGAAGCUGCAGAUGCGUUCUCUCGAAUGAGAAAAAUCGCACCCUCCCGGAUGGAAGACCUGGAAAUCUAUUCCACCGUCCUCUGGCACCAGAAGAACGAGAUCGAACUCGCCUACCUUUCCCACGAGCUGAUCGACGCCGACCGUCUCUCCCCCCAAGCGUGGUGCGCCAUUGGCAACUCCUUCUCCCUCCAACGCGAGCACGACCAGGCCGUCAAAUGCUUCAAGCGUGCCACGCAGCUCGACCCCAAAUUCGCCUACGCCUACACCCUCCAAGGCCACGAGCACGUCGAGAAUGAAGAGUUCGACAAAGCCCAGCACGCCUACCGGUGCGCCAUCUCCGCCGAUCACCGCCACUACCACGGUUGGUACGGCCUCGGCCGCGUGUACGAGCGCUUAGGCAAAUUCGACGUCGCCGAGAAACACUAUCGCUCCGCCGCGCAGAUCAACCCGACCAACGCGGUCCUCGCCGUCCGCAUCGGCACCGUCCUGCAGAAGAUGAAGAAGAUCCACGCCGCGCUCACGCAGUAUUCGCACGCCUGCGAUCUGGACCCGCGGCCGAGCCUGUCGCGGUUCGCACGGCUGAACCGGGCGCGGGCACUGCUGACGUUGGGGCGGCCGCAGGAUGCGCUGGGGGAGUUGACGGUGUUAAAGGACAUCGCGCCGGAUGUGGCGAAUGUGCAUUUCUUGCUGGGGCGGACGUAUAAGAUGUUACGGGAGCGGUCGCUGGCGGUGAAGUAUUUCACGAACGCGUUGAAUUUGGAUCCGAAGGCUGCUGCAUAUAUUAAAGAGGCCAUGGAGACGAUCGACGAUGACGACGAUUUCUACGACGACGACGAAGACGGAGCAUAAGGUCAUUGCGACCCUGUUUUCCACAUUCCGCGUCUUUUAUGACCACGUCCAGCAUGCACACCUCGAUCACGACGCUCAUUUCGAGCUUGAUACACCCACCUAAUGGACCUGAACGAAGUUUGACGGUCCCACAAGAACCAAAAUACACGAGACGAACCUCCACGUCUGCAUUGCAUGCAUUCAUAUUAGCGACACAGCAUCCCUAUUUCUUCUGCGUUGGAUACCCCCUUCCUCCAUCCACGCAUCGCGCAUCGACAAAACGGCGUUCGGUCGGCGACGGCCGGCAUGGAGUUAUGGUUAUUUGGAUUUUUAUCACGGCAUGCGUUUGGGAUCGUUCAGCGGGCGUGGGUAACUUUCUCUCGCAUGGAUGAGCAUUGUAUGAUUAAGUCGUUAGCGUACAUACCAGUAGUCGCUUUGCGCUAUGGACCGGCCUUCGUGCGGUCGGGUGGGUAUCUAUGGAAUUAUUCGUACUUCAC